AUGAUUCAGAUGCGAUCUUUGGAGUUUCGAAAGUUGUACCAGGCGAGUUUUCAAGAUUACAGUCCCCUGUGUCAAACGAUUUGCUCACUUACCCCAGAUCUUCCUACUCAAACUUGGCCAAAUCCCUCACUUGUACCAACCGGAGACCUGUUCGCUGAACGAGCCCAGAUACACACAGAUCGUCUCUCCACUGUGGCCGAAGAGGAAGCAUUGCAGUUCGCAUUGGCCAAUGGCACACCUCUUUCAGCCGUCAGGGCCGAACAGCCCAGCGAACACAAUAAGCAACACAAUACCGAACAGCGCAGCUCUCACGAUGGCCAGCGAAACACCCUACACCCUAUCGAACAGCCCAGCGAACACGGCAGCCAACCAACUACCGAACAGCUGGGCGAGCAGCCCAGCGAACACGACAGCCAACCAACUACCGAACAGCUGGGCGAGCAGCCCAGCGAACACGACAGCCAACAAGUCACCGAACAGCUGGGCGAGCAGCCCAGCGAACACAAUAGCCAACAAAAUACCGAACAGCUGGGCAAGCAGCCCAGCGAACACAAUAGCCAACAAGUUAGUAAAUCGAUCUCGAAGAGUUCCCAUUCUUCGUCUUCAAACUCCACGCCUUCGACACCUUUCCAAACCACUGGCUUGAGUCCAAUUCAAUCAAACACUUCGGCAACUCCACAGUCUACAUUCGGCUCCUCAUCAACUGGUGACCUUGGCGUCACACCCCACAGCAUCGAUCAAGGCCGACGCGAAGCUGCUCUUCGUCUCCAGCUCUUGGAAAUUCCUUCCCAUUCUUACACAUCCGAAGGCCCCGAAAUCCCUCAGCUUGACGUUUCGGUACACCGAUCUCAAGCUAGCCAAGGUGACAACAUACGCGAAGUUGGUGGCUUUGCCCGCACACCCAAGCAGGAUAUCAUCAACGAUCCCCGAUACGAAUCAUUUGAGGUGCCCUUUCGCUGGAUCCCUAGGGCUUUUGAUACCAUGGCAGACUACAAUGUGGAGAACCAUUAUGUCUCCAAGCACGUCGAAGUUGAAUGGCUCGACCCGCCUGCUCUUUUUCCCUACGACAUAAGAGCCCGUCAUGCGAAUUUCUUCGUCAGCGACAAAGCCUUCGAGGACGGUCCGGACAAGCUUGUGUGGAGGUCCAUCUGGAGAUGCAGUGGUAACUGCUGCCAGGUAGAAGCCCCACGGCAGACACUGGCACAAGUUUUAGCAGAGCGAAAGGGUUCCUCGCUCUCCGAAGACCUGGAUGAGACUUCGCCCCCACCAGCAUCAAGCCCGCUCAAAACGCAAUCAUCAAAAGGUUUACCUCAAAGGUGUGCCUUUUUCGCCGAGCCCUGUCACGCUCACGGUCAACAGAUACGAAUGACUCCUCGACAGAUACAUCGCGCAGUCUGCACUUUGAUUAGAGCCCGAAUCGCCUAUCAUGGUGAACCCCAACCUUUACACCUACUCCGUCUUUCCCCUUAUGUCAGAAAUCUUCUUCAUGACGCUGCAACAAUGGUUGGCACCACCGAAUCACGUUUAAAAAUUCGUUGGGACCAACAUUUCUGCCAAUACCAUCAGUAUGUAACAUGGGCCAAGAAAGAAUGCCCCUGGCGGUUGCCGAAGGAUCGAGACUUUACCACUGCCAUCAGGACGGCUCUUUGUCGAGAGAGACUUGAUAAAUUGCCAUUGGCAGCAAUUGCUAUUGUUCAUGCCGCGAAUCCUGAAUCGUUUCUCAGCUAUCAGUACCCCAGUAGUCUUCAACUUGGUGGCGUUGAACACAUCCCAAAAGAUGAAGAAUUCCUCUGCGUUAUCGCCCCGAAACACGCUCUUCAAUCCGCCAUCCGCCACGCCAGAGAGCAGGGAUUAGCCAUGGACUCUUCUUGGAGAAACAAGAACGCCAUAAGGUGCCCAGUCACUUUUUUGACCACUGUCAAUGAGUACGGUCACAUGGUUCCCGUUCGCGAAGCUAUCGAAAACGAAGCCCGUGCGCUUGUCAGUGGGAAAUCGGACAUUGUCAGUUCGGCAGAGGAUAAGGACUCCUUGCUCAUGUAUGCCGACGAUAUCGCCUUCGACGGAUUCACCCCUCUAUUUGUCAUGAUCGAUUGCGACGAUGCAGAGCGAAAUGCUGUUGAAGAAGUAUUCCCGGGAACACCAGUUCGUCUCUGUCAAUUUCACUUCAUGCAAGCUGCCCGAUCUCGAGGACAGUCUAUCUUUGGCAGAGAUCCCACUGGCUGUCAAAAGGUUUCUCAAUUUCUUGCGGGACUUCGUGACUGCCAGCGAUGCGAUGACGAAGAACACUGGGACGAGACAUAUGCACGUUUCCAGGUCAACCUCGCAUCCUUGACGCGAAACAAUACGGAGACAUGUGAGGACAUUUCGCGAUGGCUUGAAAGCUGGUGGUUCAGCGAUAGGUGGAGGCCAGCCCUGGUUGACUACGGACUUCCAGCAAAUCACACCAGAGAUGGAACUCUUUCCACAAACAACUUCGUCGAGGCGGCUUUUCGCACAUUUGAUCGUGUUUUCCUCGAAGCCAGAGCCAAUAAGCGCAUUGAUAGACUCAUUGUCAUCAUCAUCAAUGUCUACUUCCCAAUGUACCUGCACUCUCCUCCAACUUCCGGCCGGUGUGACCCUCAAGUCCGCGAAGUCAUUCUACUAGGACUGGAUCUGUGGCAAGUCAAUGCUGUCAGACUGUGCCCUCCAAAUCAAUGUCCCGAACUGCCUGUCCGACUUCGGGCUACUUACAAAGUUCA